AUGAAUAGCUUUGGCAUUUUGUCUUCAUUUGAUCACAACGUGCAAGAAUGGAAGUCGUAUAAAGGCCGAAUUACGCAAUGGUUUAUUGCAAACGACAUCACCCAGAAGAAUGAUACAGCUGGAGCCAAGAGACGGGCGAUCCUGCUCAGCGCACUAACCGACGGUACUUAUAAGUUGGCAGCGGAUCUGGCACUGCCAAAGGAUAUCCAGGAAGUACCGUAUGAUGAGAUAGUGAAGUUAUUGGAUGAGCACUUUCUUCCAAAAAUAUGCGGCUUCAGCGAGCGUUACAAUUUUUAUGCGGCUGUGCAGCAGCCGGGCGAGACAUAUACACAAUGGGCGUCAAGGCUACGAGGACUUACAGCACAUUGUCGAUUUAGUAACGUCGAGGAAGCGUUACGAGAUCGGUUUGUGAUGGGCAUGGUAGCAGGCCAUGAACGAGAGAAGCUGUUCGCGCAGGACAUUGACAAGCUGAACCUGGCCAAGGCAGUGGAGCUGGCGGAGAGCGCGCGGUGCGCGCGCGCUGGUGCCGCAACUACUACGGCCGGCCUUGGGCAGCCGGUGUUCAGGAUCGCCAAACAAAAUAGUGCUACAGCCACUAGUGCCGGUAAAAUAAAGUGUACAGUGUGCGGUCGUAACAAUCACGAGUCAUCCCAAUGUCGGUUUGCAAGCUAUAAAUGCAAAAAGUGUAACACCAAGGGUCAUUUACGUAAAAUGUGUAAUAAGGUUAAUUACGUGUUGACAGGUGAUGUAAGUGAGGACGACGACGGUAAGUCAUUGUUUAACAUACGCUCAGACCGUGGGGAACCUAUGACAGAAACAGUUUCAAUUUACGGGAAAAAUGUACAAUUUCAAAUAGAUAGUGGAUCAGCAGUAUCAGUCAUAUCCGAGGGUACUUAUAAAAACAUGUUCAGUAAUAUUCCGUUGCUAGAUUCCAAUAAAAGUUUUUUUAGCUACACCGGAAACAUUAUGAAAUGUAUAGGGUACUUAAACUUGCCGGUGACGUACCGACAACACACUCACACAUUGGACAUUUACGUCAUUCAAAAUGGCGGACCACCAUUAUUAGGCAGGGAUUUCAUAUCAAAAUUUAAACUUAAGUUGACGCCUUGUAAUUUUCUGAAGUGUGAGCAGAGUAUGGUGGAGCAAUUCCAAUCGCGUUACCCGGAAGUAUUUUCGAAUAAGUUGGGUAAAUUUAAUAAAUAUCGUGUUAAAUUAAAAUUAAAGGAUAAUGUGAAACCGAUAUUCUGUAAAGCGCGUCCAAUUGCGUUCGCGUUACGUGACAAGGUGGAUAAAGAAAUAACACGUUUAGUGGAUCUAGGUGUACUUAAACCGGUAUCGCACUCUGAGUACGCGUCACCUAUUGUUCCCGUGCUAAAAAACAACGGUUCGGUUAGGUUGUGCGCCGACUAUUCGGUUACUAUUAACAAACAGCUGUUGAUAGAACAAUAUCCUCUACCCACGGUACACGAACUAUUUUCAAGGCUGUACGGGGGCCAACAAUUUUCAAAGAUUGACUUAUCUAUGGCCUAUAAUCAAUUUUUGUUAGACGAAGAGUCUCAACCUGUCACAUGCAUCAAUACACAUCGGGGUCUAUUUAAUUACACUCGACUAGUUUUCGGGUUGUCUUCUGCGCCGUCUAUAUUCCAGCGCGCCAUGGAAACGACGCUUUCAGGGUUAGACGGGGUCCUGUGUCUGCUUGACGACAUUUUAGUCACUGACCAGACCCCGGGGGGACAUUUGAAGAAGUUGAAUAUAGUUCUGCAAAGGCUUCAGGAUGCAGGAUUAACUGUGCAGAAAGAUAAAUGCGAUUUCUUUAAAAAUGAAGUAAAAUAUUUAGGUUAUAUAAUAACCAAAAAUGGAUUACAGAAAGAUCCGGAAAAGGUGAAGGCUAUAGCUGAUGCGCCCAUUCCAUCUGACGUUAAUACAUUGCAAUCAUUUUUAGGACUGGUAAACUACUACAGGAAUUUCGUGGCGGGAGCAUCCUGCAUCUUGAGUCCUUUGUAUGACCUAUUAAAAAAGGGGGUUAAGUGGAACUGGUCUACGUCACAUCAACAAGCGUUUGAUAAAAUUAAGAAAUGUUUGACGUCGGAUCAGGUCUUAACACACUUUAAUUCAAACGCCAAAAUAGUUUUAAUUGUCGAUGCUUCCCCGUGCGGCUUAGGUGCUAUUUUGUCCCAAAUAGACAAUGAGGGGUUAGAGCGUCCGGUAGCAUUCGCUUCCCGCACGUUGAACGCAGCUGAGAAAAACUACUCACAGAUACAGAAAGAGGCGACCGCAAUAAUAUUUGGAAUACGCCGGUUCCAUCAAUAUUUAUAUGGCAGAUCAGAUCCAUUUAUAUUACGCACGGAUCACAAGCCGUUAAUUUCUAUUUUCGGCCCACACAAAGGUAUACCGGAAGUGUCGGCUAAUAGAUUGCAGAGAUAUGCAAUGUUUUUAAGUGCAUACAAUUAUACAAUCGAGUAUGUUCGUAGUGCCGACAACAACGCGGAUUUUCUGUCUCGCGCGAGUUUACAGGGUGAGUCACCGCGGGCUCGCGCCGAGAGCGAGGGAGACAACAUCGGCGCACACACCGCCGCCGCCGCCGCUCCCAUUGAUCGCGCAUCAUACAUUAACUUUGUUGUCGAAGGCGACAUGCCGUUAACCUUGAAUGAGUUACGCAAAGCUACUAAAGAGGAUGCUGUAUUACAGUUAGUGGUAAAUUAUGUUCAAAACGGUUGGCCUAAAAAAAUAGUGGACUCGCAGUUGAAACCCUAUCAUUUAUGUAAGACCCAAUUAUCAUAUGAAGACGGUUGUUUAAUGAGGGGUCAUAAGGUGAUACUUCCCGAAUCUUUGCGGUCGAAGGUUUUAUUAGAGUUACAUAGCUCGCAUUUAGGUAUCGUAAAAACGAAAUCAGAAGCUAGGUCUCGGUUUUGGUUCCCAGGCAUUGAUGCAAUGCUAGAAAAAAUGAUACACUCGUGUGAAAUAUGCAAACAGCUACGGCCCUCGCCACCCAGAGCGCCUUUAGCACCAUGGGAGUUUCCCCAUACACCAUUUCAUAGGUUACACGUCGACUUUCUGGGGCCGCUGAAUAAUCAAACGUUCUUAGUAGUGGUAGAUGCGCACACCAAAUGGUUAGAAGUAUACGACGUGAGCACUUCUACCACCUCGGCGACCGUUAUUGAAAAACUUUACGACUUUAUGUCUAAGUACGGAUUACCCCACACAAUUGUUAGCGAUAACGGUACUGCGUUCACAUCCGCUGAGUUUACAAAAUUUUGUUUAUUAAAUGGUAUUGCUCAUAUUACAUCACCACCUUACAAUCCUGCUAGUAAUGGACAAGCAGAAAGUUUCGUAAAAAUUGUCAAAAAGGGCAUAAAGUCAAGCGUUUUAGGUUCACGCAAUAGGAAUGAGUGUAGGCUAAAAAUUUUGAAAUAUCUGUUUGACUAUAGGAAUUCAGUACAUUCUGUCACGGGUUCAUCACCGGCUGAGUUGGUGUUUGGGCGUAAGCUGAGAACACGUCUAGAUUUACUUCACCCAAAGUUAACGUCGACCCCACUCACAUCACUAAAUGACGAUGUUAAACAAAAACAGUGCUCGCAAAUUAAAUGCCAUGGCGGCAAUAAUAAACAAGUGUAUGCGCCAGGCGAUGAGGUUAUGUUUAAAAAGUUUCUGAAUAAUAGCAAAUUUUUGUGGUGCCAAGGUACUGUUAUAAAAAGACUCGGUAAAGUGCUAUAUUUGAUUAAAGACCAUGGUUCUUCUACUGACGUCAAAAAACAUAAAAAUCAAAUAGUAUUAAAUAAAGGUAUGUCUCCACCCGGGGAUUUGGGCGAUUUUAUGUGGGAAAGCGACCCAAUUCAAAGCGAACAUAGCGGUUCUCAGUUGCCAAGCAGAGGGGAGGGAGAAAGAGAUGAGGAGGAAUUCUCAUACUCACCAUCUCCUCAUAACCCGAGAUGUUCUAGAAGACUGUUGCGAGAUAUACCCAGGGUUGACUAUAAGCAGUUCUUCUAA